GGAGACGUGCGCGCGAGGACGCACUGACCGCUGUGGGCAUUGGGCGUGCCACGGAGGCGGUGGAAUGCGUGCGCCUUGAAGCUAGGAAGAGAUGAUGAUAGAGUUUAUACAGCAUGCGGUCGAAGCUGUCGACGAGAGAGAGAGAGAGAGAGAGAGCGAGAGCGAGAGCGAGAGCGAGAGAGAGAGAGAGCGGGUGCGCGGGUGAUGCCGAAGGAGGAGGGAGAUGAAGCACAGUGCGGAGGGCGAGAGAGCCCGGGGAUGCCGGGGGCGUCGCAAGGAAUACCAGGGAAGGAGUGGCGCGAGUACGUACACCUCUAGGAUUCUGUCCAUGUCGUCUACUCUCUCAUGCACUCUCUUCCCGCAUGCCCGUUUCUCUCUCUCAUGGUCGUCAGCAAACAUUGCACUGCUACUACUGUACUCUUUUCUCUGUCGCUCACUCACUCACUCACUCACUUUCUCAUCUCUUUAUCUGCAUCUAGAGAGAGAGAUUCACGACAGCCUGCAGCCUGGUUGCUGUUCGGACGAGACGCACAGACCACCCAUCGACCUGGACUAAGCAUUCCAACCCCUUGUUCUCCCUCAACUCGCCUCUCUUGCUCCCCUCUUUCUCCCCUCCC